UCGCAGCCAAAUAUGGAUCUUUACUUGGAAAUGUGGUCAAUAUUUUGAAAUUGACAAUAUGGAUUCUUACACUCCUCACACAGAAUGACUCUGACGACGACGACGACGAUGAUGUAGAUGCCUAUUCCCCAUUGUCCACUCGAUCCUGGAGGCUGUGUAAAACCACGCCCCCCUGUCCGUCACCCCCUCCUGGCCUCACGAUGAACGGCCACCUGCAUCCUUCCCCUUCCAAACAAGGGCCAACUAUGAGAUCCGGCAGCUCAUUGAAGAGGAACAGCAUGGUGCAUGAUAGACCUAAAAGAAUGAAUGGACUGUCAGUGUCCGCUGACGUAAUCACACUACGAGAAGAAUCCAGUGUGAACUCCCCUAAGAUCAACGGCUUGAGUCAGUCGUAUGACCAGUCUAAUGUCCAUAACGGUUCCUGGAAGUCACCCAAAUCAGCGAGUCCUAAGACAAGACCGGCUCCUCCCCCUCCUCCGCUCCCCAAGACCAGCCCCCCGUCCCCCAGGCAAGUGUCCUCGUGCGAGGUCACGAACCCUGACCGAUCGGGCUGGCUGCUGGAUCAGCUCAGAGGGGAGAAAGUUUGGUGUGUGGUAGCUGACAUGCUGUUUUGUGUGUUUGAGUCCGACACUGCUGAGAGUUCCAAGGAUGUGAUCUUCCUGCCAGGCUGCAGGGUUAGAUCUCUCGUGUUUAACAGUGCUAAAAGAGACAGUGUAGGGAGUAAGGAUGGCGAGGAACACACUAAGACAAUCACAGGUGUGGACAAGUAUCAGUUCUAUAUCGAAAACGUGAGUAUAAGGAGAAAAUACUUGUUCGGGACGAAGUGUAAAUCUGAUCUGGACGAGUGGGUAGAUGUUCUGACCAGGGCGUGUGAUAUAGCUGUGUUUGACAAUUGUGCUAACCAGGCUCGAGACUCUGAUGGCUGGGACAGUGCUGACGACUCUGUGUUCCCCCCAGCCAAUGGAAGCUAUUACCCGUCCCCCACACGCACAAGGAGGAUGAGCAUGAUCUCCAUGUCGCUCAGGGACAAUGAUCUGAGUGAUUCUAAGUGUGACUUCAGAAAACGUUUACGUAAGGAAACCGAUGAUCCUAAAGUAGCGCCAGUGAAAGGACUCCACAUUAUGGAAGCUCAAAAGCAGCCUAAGAAGUCUAGGUCGUUCUUAAAACUGAAGUCCUUUGGGAGUCUGGACAGCCUUCUGAAAAGGAAAAGAACUAGAAGUGCUGAGAGGGCAGCCACUCGCGAUAGUCAUUCUCUGGAUGAGACCAAAUCUCUGAACAUCCCCGAUUCCCCGAACUCUGACGUGUCGGACGCUUCUGUGUUAUCACGACCAGUCUCCUCUUCCCAGUCAUUUUUAUCGAGGUCGUGGGAUUCAGGAAAAUCUUCCAAUGGUUUAGGAUCGAGCAUCAGACGACGAGCUUCGGACCUGAAAGACAAGGUGUUUGGUGGAGGAAAGACUACGCACUGUUCCAGAACUCCUGGCUUGAGACUGAGAGACCUGAACGAUAUCAGGAUAAGUGGCCAUUUGCAAUACAAGUUUAUGAUGAGGUGGAUUAAAGUGUGGUGCGCUGUGAGCAGAGGGUGUUUCUAUGGGUUCAAGUCUCAGAAUGGAGGCGAGAGUCCCAUGAUUGCUGUCAUUCUGACGCAGAGCAUCGUCUCGUAUGUCACUGAGCCUGAGAAAAGGAACAAGAAGCUGUAUGUAUUUAAGCUCGCGCAGAAUCAUUGUAAGAAUAUUUACCUCUGUGCACAGGAGGAGACGGAUCUUUCACGGUGGUUGCAGACGCUGCAAAUGGAGGCGUGUAGAAUUCAGGCAGACGACAAUCUUGCCUUAGAAAGCACGUCCGAUUGUAACUAUAGCGUUGACAGCGCGCUCAGUGCUAUGUCAAUUGCGUCUAGUCAUACCGACAUUACUGACAAUUACCACACCUUCAGUACUCAUCUUGCCCUUAGCUCAACGUCACAUUCAACAGAUGCUCAGGACUAUGUUCCGGGAAUGUAUGACUUUGCCGGAAGUGACGUCACGGGUCGUCUGGACAGCACAGAAUCAGCAGACGACUGGGACAACUCAAGUCAAAGCUCAACAAAUGAGGCUCCCUACCCUCGUUAUAAUGACGUCACACCCAAACAUGACCCCAGCGUCUCGUAUUUGUGGGGCAAGGACAAGGGGUACCUGUUCCAGGUUAUACGAGCUAAGCUGCGGAAGGGAAGGAGAAGUCGGGGGGAGGGGACGCUGUAUGACCGGGAGGUGUCACGGUUGGAGGGAGGAGGGUCGCUGCUUCUCAUCCACGAUGAUGAUGACACAUUCAGACAAAGACAGGGUCCACUGGAAUUAAAGUCGGGACGCUCCAAGUCGUUUGGCGAUCCCCACACCCCCUGGACAGAUAGCGUCACCCCCGAGGACAAAACCCGAGGGGGUAGAGCAAGACCCCGACCCCUCACUGUAAGAAGACUCCCGGCCGAGGAACUAGGGUCUCCCUCCAUUGCAGGAUAUUUGGAGCGCAAAGGAUUUAUUGGGCAGUGGAUCAGGUACUGGUACAUUGUCAAAGGUGCUUAUCUUUACUGCUAUCUCACCCCCGAAGACCAGGUAACGGUCGAUAUCACCUAUCUCCAUGGUUACCAAGUGACGUCACUCAUUGACCAGUUCCGAGGGAAGAGAUUCGUCACACAUUUAUCACACGAGAAUUACAUUCCUAUUGUCCUGUCUUUUGAAUCACGUGACGAGAUGGAGCAAUGGUCAGAUGCGCUGCAGGAAGCUGCGCAGCUACCGGAAGAGGAAAGUAGCGAAGAAACAGAACAAGAAAACCAAGUGAGCCAGGAUGAGGGUAGCUAUACCCGUACCAGCGUCAAACAAAAGCUGUUGGCCGAGGUGCUGCGUCAGAAGGAAGAGCUGGAGAAGAAACAAGCAGCGAGACGCAUGGCAACCCAGAGCGAAGGUCCUUGUCGCCGUAGUGGCGUAGUCAACCAGACGUUGUCGUCACAGACGCCGGGGAAGUUGACAGGGGAGGAACACAUCAGCACCGUGACCAGACUGAAACAACGUCGACUGUCCACGCAGAUCAAGAUGGAGGCCAUACAGAGGCAGCUUGGAGAUGGGGGCAAAAACGGACAGAAGAAAUCUUUGUUUAAAAUCGGGAAGAAGAAAUCCCAGGACGACAAGAAUCCUCAGUUGGUGGAACAGCUGAAGGAGCUGUCGACGACGUUGAAGGAGAUUGACAUCAACCUCAACCACGAGGGCGUUCACACCAACAACAACAUCAAGUCGGCCAAACUCGGCUUCCACAAAGUCCCGACUGAAAGUGAUCUCUUGAAGAAGGGGGAUUCCUUUGAAUCCGACGAACAGGCCGUCCAACGAAGCAACAGCCUCAAGGCGAGCGUCCAGAGAUUAGCGCACAGGACCUUUGCUAAAGCCGGGUGGAGGAAGAACGCCCGCAAAAGCCAGAGUCUACACAUUGACGACUACAACCCGGAUGACCCCGAGCUCAGCCCUGCGAACCAGAGCCAAGAAAUGAUAGACUUGACAACUCAUACGGCAGACAUUAUUUCGUCCAUUAGUUUUUCGUCUUCUGCCGAGUUGACUUCCAUGGCGUCGUCAAGUGACUUCUCCCACCUAGGCUCCCAGGAUCCCGAGAGUCCUCUGUCAGGGCGAUCCACCCCCGCGUCCUCCUAUUCCCCUCGCUCCCCUCGCUCCCCCCGCUCUCCCUCCUCCCCGAGGGUGACAAGCUUCCCGGCUUCACCCCCUGUGGCCCGCCUCUCCCCUCGGGACAGAGGGUUGUCUGCUGCGCGAGCCGAGAUGAUGACACGGUCCUACAGUGCAGGGCCGACCUUGUCGACGUCGUCGUUGUCGUUUGAAGGCGAACCCAGCUCCCCACGACGAGAGGUCAACCCUAGCAUCAUGGCGGAGAUUGAUGCAUUCGAAGAACUGACUAGACAAGUGUUGGGACAGAAGUCAGCGUUGACGUCACACUGACGUUCUGUUCUGACGUCAUUGAAUUGUCAGUGUGUGGGCAGUGGAUAUAAUGUGCAAAUCUAAGAAAGCUGUGUGGAACUACAUCGGGAAGUUCGACGUCAUUGUGACGUAAGUGUAUUAUGACAUCAGAGAUGCGUGUUCCUGUAGGUCAUCACAAUAUGGCCGAAGAAGAUGGAGGAGCGAGGACUUCGAAGUAGCAUGAGCGUAUUGAGAAUGACUGUAGGGUGAACGAAUCCAUGAGAUCGGAAGUGACCCGCUGGUGCGUGAACUCUGUCACAGGUCAUGGCUGUCUUGUCCGAGAAUUACAAUUGCGGAUUUGCAUGUGCAAGCAGUGAUGUGGGGAUCUGGAUCAUGUGACGUAUCGCGUCACUGCCAAUUUUGCAGUAUUCGUCGGUGCAAUAAAUUAUGUUUAUUUU